GUCCUUGUCGUCAUUGGCGUCGUCGACGUGUGUUGUGUAUAUUUUUGUUCGCCGAUCAAGUCGUUGAAAGUUUGUUACAACAAGGACUAUACUCUAUAAAUAUCGAACCUAAUUGGGUAGCAUUUAAAUUUAGAACGUGCAAGUACAUAGGCCGUAACGGAGUGAAAGAAGGCCGCAGCCACGACGCCCAAUUCUAUUUUAAAAUCUUGCGGGUUCGCCGUGGUCAGUCUCAUCAAGUCUGACAUAUUGGCUAGAUUAUUCUUUAAUCUGUGGAUUCUUUCAAUUCAUAAAUAUACAAGAAUAUAAUGGGGAUACUCCUGUCCAGGUUUCGCAAAACAAAAACAACCAUUGAGGUCCUGGAAGAUUUAGAUGCAAAGAUCAAAGACAUAGAAGAAUAUGGACAAAGUACAGAAACGAGGCAUAAAAAGAUUGUUGGGAGACUUGUCAUUUACAGUGUUGCUCUUUAUAUUGUGGUAUCACUUAUUUUCUAUUUCAUCUUUUUCCCAGCAGCUUUAUACGAUCAAAUAUUCUACAUGACGCCACUUCUGUUAUUCCCUUUUCUAAUACUGUUCACAAAAAAAUUAAUCUCAUGGUACUAUAAGAGAAAAAUAUCCAGAAACCAAGAAAAACUAAUAACCAUGCAGAGCGAAAAGAAGAAGAUAUUGGACCAGGUCACAGAAACAGAAACUUUUAAGAAAGCCAAGGAGAUAUUACUGAAGUUUGCACCUGAUCAACUACGGAUGACACCUUUGACGCCUAAGCCGAUGUCUAAGGUAGUAGCACCUACCGAAACGCCACGUCGACCUAGCACACCGCAAGCUAUUGUACCGACAUUGCCUGGAGCCGGCGAAUUAAGACGCAGAGCGUUGACAGUUUCGAAUCUACCACAAAAAAAUCAAAUCGGUAAUCCUGCUAACAGUGGUCUUGCACCAGUUGGCGUAACUUCUGCGCAAACUCCAAUUUGUAGUACCCCCAUCCAGUCAGCUACCAGAUUCACUAAUGACCCAAGAACAGGCCCCAGAGCUCCUCUACCACGUCCUAUACUUCCUCAACAAAGAAGCUACUUGGAUCGCUUGGUGGAAUACUUAGUGGGUGAUGGACCAUCGAAUCGUUAUGCUCUAAUUUGCCGCCAAUGUGAAUCUCAUAACGGAAUGGCACUUAAAGAGGAAUUUGAAUAUUUUGGAUUCAGAUGUUGCUACUGUAACUUCUGGAAUCCAGCGAGAAAGCAGAAACCCUCAGCUCCAAAAUUGGAUUUUGAUACCAGUGCUAAUGUUAAUACUAGUCUAAUUAUCGGCAAUCAAUCAUUGGGUAAUGUUCUCGGUGAUACUCAGCAGUCUGCAAAACCCACUCCAGAUGAUGGUACUUCCACUACAUCGGACACAGACUCGGAUAUAGAGGUGGUGGAGAAGCCAAAAGAAGACGAGACGGAAGAGAAUGAGAAGAAAGAUAAUGAGAAGAAUGAGAAUGAAAAGGAUGAGAAUGAAAAGGAGGAGAAUGCGGAGAAGGUAGAAAACUAAGAGAGAAAGAAAUGAAACUAGAGAAUAUACAAGAGAGUAAGUGAAACUAUUUAUAAAACAGAAAUAAAACAGCGAGCUUCGAUUACAUUAUCAAUUUUACACGCAGCAUCGAUUGAAAGUCCCGAGUCGGAAAUCGUAACAAAAAAAAAACAGGAGGAGGAGGAGGAAAUAUUGCAAACUGAGAAAAUGGAAGUCGAAAAACCUCCAAAUUUAUAAGUCACUUAUCGUCGCUUUUUUAAAUUGGAAACUAAUUAAAAUUAAUUAUUAAGCGUUACAGAUCAUUUCGAUCGAUACCUUUUUGUAUGUCUAAGACGUUGAAGGGAAGAUAGAAAAAAUUAGAAAAACUUUAUUACGAGCAAGACUGUUAAUCUCUUGUCAGUAAUAUAUUAGGUAUGUAUUCGUAAGGAAAAAAAAGUACGUUACAUUCGUUAAAAAGCGUUUUAAUGAUUGUGGAUUCUCCAUUAUUUUUCUCUCUCUGAUAAACCAAUUUCUGAAUUAGAUCUGGAACCCAUAAUGGCGGCGGGUUCUGUAAACAUUUGGUCAGUAGUUGGCCCUUCCAGAUGAAAAUUUUUGUUCAAAGAUCGUACACUUCGUGCCACGGUCAGAAGUGUCUGUUGGAAGAAGAGAAAAAAAUUGUUUUGAAUCGUAUAAAAUAUAAUUAUAGCUUCCGUUGUGUCUCUCAGUGCUUAUUAAUGGGGAAUGAAUUAUAGUAAUUACCGCAUUCAUUAUUAAUAGUUAAAAAUUCUCAAUUUAUACUAGAUCAUCCUCAUAUCUUGUUAUUCAAACAUAUUAAUUUAUAAUCAGUAAAAUUUAAAACGGAAUCUUUAAUGUGUCCACAACUUGUCAAGAUAUUACCUGUUCGUCGUGCUGUGCGAUUAUGGAAUAAAUUUACGGAAUGCUGAUUACGCUGAUGAGAUAUAGAGCAUUAUUUAUUAAUGUUUAAGUGUCCUUGUGUAAAACCGUUUUAGCGGUUUUCAAUACGUAACGACACCGUCUUGAUUUUCAAUUAAUUCGAUCGAAUUAACGAAUUCAACUCGCAAAUUCAUUCUGCUCGUCACUAGAUACGAAGUUGCGAUGCGUGUUAGUGAGUCAAUUUUUCUAUUAACUGCGAAACUGUGACGUAAUAUAAGAUAGAAAAUGAUUUAUUGCGAGUUCGACGCUUCGUUUUAACGAUCGUUAAUUGAAGUUCAUAUAUUUAUCUGUAUUUUUAAGAAGUCGACUAACUGAAGUAACGCGUAAUAAGACUUAUACUAGUGUAUAAUCCUACGAAACUUGAUCGGCUAUUGUCACUUGUAUUUAUAAGAGAAUCAAUUGAUUUGGAAUAUUGUUGGAUGAAAUAUACUUUUGAAUGAAAACUAA